AUGAUGAGUUCUUUUAAAGGUAUUUUGGUACUUUUGAUGUUUUUACUCAUCUUUGUGGAUGCUGUAACAAUCUCUGAUAACACUUAUUUAGGCGAUAUUUCUUUCUCUGUCCCCCUUACUGUUGAUGAAGGUUAUUUUUUGGCGUUAGUGAGCGGAAACUCUUAUAGUUUCACCAAAGACUUGCUUGUGAAAGGUUCACUUUUCAUUGGUGAUACUGAUUCAUAUGGCAACGGAUUUAGCACUACAUUCGAUGGUUCAACUCUUACAAACGAUGGUUUAAUUGUAGUUGAUAGUAGAAACAUUACAGCUAGUUCAAUGACUGUAUCAUGGAGUGGCUCUUUCAUUACUAAUCAUGGAAAAAUAUAUUUCAAUGGUUUGGAUAGCAAUUCUAAUAGUUUCACAAUAAACCCAAGCGUGGCUUUAACAAAUACUGGUUUAAUGUCUUUUGGUCAGGAUCCUACUUCAGAUUAUAGUAGUGUUGUCCAUCUUAAAUCCGGAUCUUUUGUUAAUAUUGGUACUAUUUGUUUGAAGAAUAUUAAAGCAUCUUUGGAGAGUUCUAUAGCAGGUGACGGUUGCAUUACAAUAGGUGAAAAUUCUGUAUAUGGUGUACCGAUACAGUUAACCUCUGGUACAAUCGGCCCACAAACUAUAUAUAUGACCUCUCCUUCCUCAAUGUUUUAUGUAGGCUCAUAUGGUAACUCAAAUAAUGUCUAUGUCAGAGGUUUUGGUAAUGGUAAUUAUUUGACAUUUCGUACUUCUAUAGUAGGCCAUAGUUAUGAUCCAGAUACUGGUAUCUUGACGGUUAACGUGGCCACUAUUCAUAAAAUUAAUAUUGGUACUGGUUAUAACCCACAUGGAUUUUCAAUGAAAUCUAUAAAUAACCACAUUGGUUUUAAUUUUAUCAAUAACGCAUUAGUCUACAAUGGAACUGCUCCAAAUGGUUUUCCUAGUGCCUGUAUGCCAUGUGAUUCAUCUCCUUGGAUACCUAUUAUUAAUUCCACUUCACCCAGUUCUUCUUCUUUAUCCACAUAUUCAAGUGUCUCUUCUAGUUAUUCCACCAGUUCUAUACCAUCUACUUUUGGCUCUUCCAGUUUUACUACUUCUUCACCAUCACUAAAACCAAGUGCUAUUACCUCCCACAUCCCAGGUAUAGUUGCUUCUGAUGCAGCCCAAUUCACCUCUACCUCCUACACCACAGACUCCAACGGUAAUAGCAGUCCAGUUGACAUUGUUGUUCUUGCUACUCCAGUUCAAAGCACUGUCACAGCAUACAGUGCUGGCAUGGUAGGUUCAGCUUCUGUUCUUUCUUCAUACAUCUCCUACAUCACUGACUCAAAUGGCAGCAGUAGUGCAGUUGGUGUUAUUGUUGUUGAAACUCCAGCUGUUAGUCAAAUCACCUCCUAUAUCCCAGGUAUAGUUGCUUCUGAUGCUACUCAAUCCACAAUUACAUCCUACACCACCAACUCCAAUGGUAGCAGCAGUCCAGUUGGCAUUGUUGUUGUUGCCACUCCAGUUCAAAGCACUGUUACAGCAUACACCUCUGUAAUGACUGGUUCAGCUUCUACUCUAUCAUCCUACAUCUCCUACACCACCGACUCCAAUGGUAGUACCAAAGCCAUUGGUGUUAUUGUUGUUGAAACUCCAGCUGUUAGUCAAAUCACCUCCUAUAUCCCAGGUAUAGUUGCUUCUGAUGCUACUCAAUCCACAAUUACAUCCUACACCACCAACUCCAAUGGUAGCAGCAGUCCAGUUGGCAUUGUUGUUGUUGCCACUCCAGUUCAAAGCACUGUCACUGCAUACAGUGCUGACAUGGUAGGUUCAGCUUCUGCCCUUUCCUCCUACAUCUCUUACACCACCGACUCUAACGGCAGUACCGAGGCCAUUGGUGUUAUUGUUGUUGAAACUCCAGCUGUUAGUCAAAUUACCUCCUAUAUCCCAAGCAUCAUAGGCUCUGCUUCUGCUCAGUCCACAAUUAUAUCUUACACUGCUGACGCCAACGAUGGCAGCAGCAAAGUUAACAUUGUUGUUGUUGCCACUCCAGUUCAAAGCACUGUUACAGCAUACACCUCUGUAAUGACUGGUUCAGCUUCUACUCUAUCAUCCUACAUCUCCUACACCACCGACUCCAAUGGUAGUACCAAAGCCAUUGGUGUUAUUGUUGUUGAAACUCCAGCUGUUAGUCAAAUCACCUCCUAUAUCCCAGGUAUAGUUGCUUCUGAUGCUACUCAAUCCACAAUUACAUCCUACACCACCAACUCCAAUGGUAGCAGCAGUCCAGUUGGCAUUGUUGUUGUUGCCACUCCAGUUCAAAGCACUGUUACAGCAUACACCUCUGUAAUGACUGGUUCAGCUUCUACUCUAUCAUCCUACAUCUCCUACACCACCGACUCCAAUGGUAGUACCAAAGCCAUUGGUGUUAUUGUUGUUGAAACUCCAGCUGUUAGUCAAAUCACCUCCUAUAUCCCAGGUAUAGUUGCUUCUGAUGCUACUCAAUCCACAAUUACAUCCUACACCACCAACUCCAAUGGUAGCAGCAGUCCAGUUGGCAUUGUUGUUGUUGCCACUCCAGUUCAAAGCACUGUCACUGCAUACAGUGCUGACAUGGUAGGUUCAGCUUCUGCCCUUUCCUCCUACAUCUCUUACACCACUGACUCUAACGGCAAUACCGAGGCCAUUGGUGUUAUUGUUGUCGAGACUGCAAUAUAUGGAAACUCCACUAAUCACGGUGGAAAGGCUGUAUAUACUUUGAGUAGUACUUUGGUUGCUUUGACUAAAGUUGUUAAUGGAGUCACUAUGAUUACAACUUAUUGUCCUGAACCAUCUGCAACUUCUAAAACAAGUAUGACUGCUCUCAUCGGAUAUGGUUUUAUUGAACCUAUUUAUACUAAUUCAAAGAACCAACAAGAAGAGACCAACUCAUUUUCUGUUGUGUCCAAUGCAACUCCAGUUACUUCUAUUGCUUUUACCACCACUGGCACAGUGUUUACCAACAAUGAAAAUCAACUAACAUCUAGAAACUCCAGAGAAUCUACCACUGUUGUUGUUGUUGGAUCUACAAGGGGUAACAUAGACGUUACUUCGGAAACUAGUACUGUUGUCAGUACUGUUGAAUCCAGAAGACCAGAAACAUCUCUAACUACAAAAAUGCCACAAGUUUCCCAAUUCAUUUCUGAGCAAUUCUCGUCAUCUCCAACUGCUAUGACAGCCUCUCAUGUAAGUGUACCUUCUCUUGCAUCAUAUAAGGGUAAGGGUAGCACCAUAUACAUGAAAUGGAGCGUUGCCCAUUUUGUUGGUCUAUUAUUAUUUAUGAUUAUUUAA